CCAUUUCAGUGUUAGUGUGACAUUAUUAGUUUAAAAAUAUCACAUUGUUAAAAUCCGGUGAUGAAUAGUUUGUUUUUAAAUUGUUUGAUACUUUCAAUCUCGCUCGCUCUUUUCACAAGAGGCUUCUUAUUGAUGAGACUGGAAAUUGACCGUAAAACGCCUUCCUGUCAAAGUGAUUUUCCGUCUAUUGAAGAUGACAUAAGCAGCUGUCAGAAUUCUCAUUUCAAGUUCAAAAAACUUGUUGUUAUGAUUAUCGAUGCAUUACGGUAUGAUUUUGCGAGCUUUGAUGAAGAUCGGGCAAUGCAGAUGAUAUUCCACAAUAAAAUGCCAAUUUUUAAUGAUCUCAUGAAAAAAGAGGGAUGUGAGAAUGCAAGACUCUGGAGAUUUUGGGCUGAUGCACCAACUACAACAAUGCAGAGAAUAAAAGGGUUAACCACUGGAAGUCUUCCAACUUUUAUUGAUCUGAGCAAAAACUUUGCAAGUUCAGAAAUAACAGAAGAUAAUAUACUCGAUCAAUUCAUUGCUUCUGGAAAAAACAUCACUUUCAUGGGGGAUGACACUUGGAUGAAUCUUUUUCCUGGAAGAUUCAACAAGGCAUUUCCCUACCCUUCGUUUGAUGUCAAAGAUCUUCAUCUUGUCGAUAAUGGUGUUAUCAAGCAUUUAUUACCUGAACUCGGAAAUAAUGACUGGCAACUUUUAAUUGCACAUUUCCUUGGAGUUGAUCAUUGCGGACAUAGAUAUGGCCCAUUUCAUCCAGAGAUGCCGUUAAAACUUCAACAAAUGAAUGGCAUUGUUCAGGGAGUUGCCGAAUCGAUUGACAAUGAAACUCUGUUACUUGUGAUGGGAGAUCAUGGAAUGACACAUACUGGUGAUCAUGGCGGUGAAACAUUCAAUGAAGUAAAUGCUGCUUUAUUUGCUUACAAUCGUGCUAACAAAUUUCAAAGAUGUAAAUCUGAUGAAUCGAAAGAUCCGCUUGUUAACCAGGUAGACAUUGUUCCAACCAUCUCAUUUCUUCUCGGUACAGCAAUUCCUUUUGCUAAUCUUGGUGUCGCUAUCAGUGAUAUGAUGCCAGAACAAAGUUAUAAUGAACAAGAGCAUGAUUCUAUCAAGCAUUUGAAGACAAGCGAUGUUCUAUUUUCCAAUGCAAAGCAAGUGUACACAUAUAUCAAUUCAUAUCAAGACAUCAGUAAAAGUUUACCUGCUGCAACUUAUCAAAAUCUAACAAAAGUUUACAAGGAAUUAGAAAAGUUAUUUAAAGAGCAAAAUGAAAAUUCGGAUACUCUUCAACAACAACUAGUGGAAUUUAUUAAAUCAGCUCGACAAAUGUGCCGUGAAGUUUGGGCAAAAUUUGACAUAUUUUCGAUGAUCAUCGGACUGACUUUAUCUGUGAUAUUGAUUGCAAUCAGUCUUCAUUCAAUUGAUCCAAUAUUUGGAUUAGUAUACCAAAUGGUUUUCAAGACGUUAUUGGUACUUAUGGGCGUCUCGAUUUUUAUAUCAAUCAUUAUAAAAUCGAAUUUGUUUCUCGCUUUUUCUUUGCUGCUUUCUGGUGUCAUGUUUGUCACAACAUGCAUUAUCGGAUUGAAAUACGUUUGGGAAGCGAUCGGAAGGAUGAAAAUUUUAGAUGAAAUCUUUCCGACGAUUUUACUCAUAAUGUACUCAGUGUCAUUCACAACGAACAGUUUUAUCUUAAAUGAAGACAUCACUACUUUAUACCUAGUUUUGUCAUUGAUCAUUUGUAUCACUGCAUCAGUUUUCUAUGGAAAAAGUUCAUCAUCGAAUUCGAAUAUUGCGGAAAACUCCAAUAAUUCUCACUCCGCUAAUGAGUCCAACUCAGAAAUAAACAAGUUCCCUUCAAAACUUGUUCAUAGAAGAAGACAAGCCAAAAAUCAUUCACAAGAUAAAUCAGCUCACGAAAAAACACCGUUAUUGCAACAGAAUCAUAUUCUUCUUCUACUCAUUUCACUUGCAGCAUUAUUAAGUUCAAGACUUGCACUAUAUUUUCGAUAUUGCCGAGCAGAACAGUUCUGGUGUUUUAAUGAUGAAUCAACUGAGGAUAAUCAAUCAUCUACUGGAUACAAUAUUCCAAGAGUUCUGCUGUCUUGUUUCAGCUUAAUUGCUUCAGUAUGGAUUCUAUUGUGGCAUUUAAGAAAGGGAGGUAAUUUAAAGAACACUGCUGCAAUGAAUGGAUUUGUGUGUAGAAAAAAUUUUCCUAUGGCAACUGGUUUUGUUAUACUUAGCUGGAUUCUUCUGCUUGUUCCUCCGAAGGGUCUUGCAGUGUUACCAAGCUGGUGUGUCACCUAUUCACCUUGUAUUGUUUAUCUUCUGUUGGCAAUAUUCUUUAUAUUUCAUUGGGUGAAUCCAGUUUACACAACUAUACUAUAUCCAGAUGGGUUUGGAAAUUAUGUUGAAAGUCACAUUAAAACUACAAUAACACAAAUAUAUAACGAAUUGAAGUCAAAGUUGAAUAAAAAUAACAAAGAAUCAGUUGAUAAUUCAGCUCCAGUUGUGUUCGGACUUUACACUGUGAUAACGGCGUCCACUGUUUCUGUACUUCUAUGCUUGAUCAUAUUAUUUUCUAUGUUGCUUGGACCAGAAAAAGCAACAUCUUUGUCAUUGUGGUUGAUUUGUUCUGUUUGUGCUUUGGAAAUGAAUUCCAUAUCAAUGCAACAAAGAGGUUCAUCAUAUGUUCCCUGGAGUUCAGUCAUAUUAUGGGGAAUGAUUUCAUCAUUCUGGUGGUUUGCCACCGGUCAUCAAGCAUCCAUAUCAAGUAUACAAUGGGAUGCUGCAUUCGUUGGUUUUCAGGGAAGUCAUGCAACAAAUAUCAUUCCUGGUCUACUUGUUCUUCUCAAUACAUUUUGCAUGCAGAUACUUUCUACUGUGUCUCUACCUCUUUUGAUGUUGUGGCCUCAAACCAAAAGUCGAUGGUAUUUCAAUAAUGAGGAGCAAAAUGAAGAGGAAUUCACGAGUGAACUUUUCUUUUAUAAAGAUCAAGAAAGGUUUUUCAACGUUUUCAAAGAUCUUUUAUCCAAAUAUUUUGGCUUCUAUAUUGCCAAGAUUGUUGGUUGUAUGGUAUGCACUUGUCUUCACAGACGUCAUCUGAUGGUAUGGUGGAUAUUUGCACCAAGAUAUAUGUUUGAAGGAGUUUCUCUUAUUAUAGUCAUGUUAUCUAGUAUUUUUACCUAUGCACACAUGCACAAUACAGGAAAUAAACUUGCAAAAUGGUUUAGGUCUGUGGAGGAAACAUUAGAGUGAAAUUUUUAAUGGGAACACAAGAAAUGUUAGCGUACAAAUUGUUUGGUUUUAUUUGAUUCUGUCCAAAUUGCAACUCGGUUUUUCAGGUACAUAUUGUGUAUGAAAGUGUCUUUUUUUGGUCUUGUAAGCAGAAUAUAGUAUGGCAGGUGCCAUGUGAACUUUAAGGCUAUUAUGAACACAUUAGAAUAGGGUAAGAGAAUGAUGACCUGCGAUUAAAGUUGGUUUACGACACUGGUACUGACAAGCCUACUCGGGAAACCCUCUGGGUUUCAGCUUUGUGUGUUUGAGAAACUUUUUAUUUAUAUAAUUAAGAUCUAAGUGUUGAGAUUAAUUAACAGUGAUUAUAUGUUAUUACUUGAAAGGUGCUUGUGUGUUAAUAUUUUGCUGCUCUUCUGUGAUAUUUUAUUACCACUGUAUUAUUAUCGGUAACUUUUCGUCCGCAGUUCAAAUUGUUUGUCUUUCAAUGUUCUUUCUUCAUGAGUUGAAUGUUUGUAGUAAAAUAAACUGGAGAUUACGAGA